AUGACAUAUUCGUUAUUCUGGGUUAUUCAUAUCCUAAGAAGAAGUAGCAUUUUGGUAUGCAUCGUGUAUAUCGCUACACCAAGGCUAUUUCGGCGAUCAUCAGGAAAGUUUAUAUUUACACUAGCUGUGGUGGAUAUCUUUAUUGGAUUUAUGAUUUUAUUAUCAACUUGGGAUGUGAUGACUUUAAGAAUCUUGUUCUUUAAUAAUAUACACCAAGAUGAUGCCUUUAUUCGAGUCUAUUUUUGCCCAUUACUUGGUUCCGGUUAUUUGAAGUCAUCAGCAUGUACGAUAUCUAUUUAUUUGAUGGCUUUAGUUAGCCUUGAAAGGUAUUAUCUAAUCAAGAAAUCAACUGAUUAUAAAAUAAUUUUUAGCGGAUAUCGUAGUAAACUAAUGAUUACCUUUGUUAUGUUAUGGGGCUGUUUGCUUAAUUUACCCAGCUUGUAUCAUACAUAUCAUGUCGUUACAGAUUGGCCACCUUGUCGUUGGAGACCUUUUCCUGGAGGCCAGUUAGUUGAUAAAUCCUUACAAUUUGUAUUAUUUAUAUUACAAUUUCUUCUACCUGCUUCAACCACGCUAUAUUGCUAUGUGAUUCUUAUUUAUCGUAUGCGCUUUUCACUUGUAUUAUCUAAUAAUGAUGAUUAUAAAUAUCAUCGUUUGCGUCGUCGUGUUACGACGGUUUCCCUAGUUGCUGCUAUUAGUAUAUUUAUCUGUUGGAUGCCAAAUCAGUUGUACGUAGUAAUAGCUCACUAUGAUCCCUUUAUUUAUAACUAUACACUUACGACCGUAACUAAAACUUUAGUUAUAUUUCAAUGUUUUCUUCAUCCAGUUCUCUACACUGCCGCAAAUUAUUACUAUCAUAAACCAUUAGUAGCUGUUAUUCGCAAGCUCUUAUGUCUUAGUAAGAAAUCAAUGCCAUCCCGCUAUCGGCAAAAAGGAGUUUCCUAUGCUUUUAAUCCUUAA